AUGGCGAAAUGCUUAGAAACGGAGAAGCUGUUGCCAUUAAAAAGGUUCUACAGGACAAGAGAAAAGGAGGAACUCUAUCUUAACCUUGUAUUAGAGUAUGUCCCUGAGACUGUGCAUCGUGUUAUUAAACACUACAACAAGAUGAAUCAAAGGAUGCCCAUGAUCUAUGUGAAACUAUACAGUUAUCAGAUUUUCAGAGCCCUGGCCUACAUUCAUGGUAGUAUUGGAGUGUGUCACAGGGACAUCAAGCCUCAAAAUCUAUUGGUAAACCCACAUACCCAUCAGGUGAAGCUAUGCGAUUUUGGAAGUGCAAAAGUUUUGGUAAAAGGAGAGCCAAACAUUUCUUAUAUUUGUUCGAGGUAUUAUCGAGCACCUGAACUAAUUUUUGGGGCGACUGAGUACACCACCGCGAUAGAUAUCUGGUCUGGUGGAUGUGUUUUGGCAGAAUUGCUGCUUGGACAGCCUCUUUUCCCUGGUGAGAGUGGAGUUGACCAGCUAGUGGAAAUCAUAAAGGUUUUGGGUACCCCAACAAGGGAGGAGAUAAAGUGCAUGAACCCCAACUAUACAGAAUACAAAUUUCCCCAGAUUAAAGCUCACCCAUGGCAUAAGAUAUUCCAUAAGCGGAUGCCUCCAGAAGCUGUUGAUCUUGUCUCAAGGCUCCUGCAGUACUCCCCAAAUCUUCGAAGCACUGCUUUGGAGGCAAUGAUCCAUCCAUUCUUUGACGAGUUACGUGAUCCUGCUGCUAGGCUGCCAAAUGGGCGUUUCCUUCCACCACUUUUCAAUUUCAAGCCCCAUGAGCUGAAAGGGGUGCCUGUGGAGAUGGUUACCAAGUUGGUCCCAGAGCAUGCCAGGAAGCAUUGUGCAUUCCUUGGUCUGUAA